AUGACUCCGGCAAGACCGUCUGCCUUUAACCACGAAGAUACCGCAAAACUCGGAUCCAAGUUACAAGUGGAAGGUAAUCCGAGUCUCUACAUCACGCAGCUUUACAUCGUUCAUACAAGUACUCAGGUGAUCGAAAACUUUACGAGCUUGGGAGGACAGUUUGUUUUUGAUUAA